AGAAGAUGGCAGCCUGCAGCUCGAAGCGUCCUCCGGAGAAGAAAAGUUGUUUUGCUACAAAGGCGUCCGACAAAGAGAGAGACAAGACCCGGAUCAACCUCGGGCCGGCGUUCCCCCGAUGGAGAGACCUCCGAGCGGCCAGAGGGCUCCAGCUGGACUCUGAGCUGGCUGUGCUGCUGCUGGAUGCUUACGAGAAGGGGCCUUGGGCAUCGACACCAUGUCGGACUCCUGGUUUGGGAGUCAAGCCUCCUGUGGUUUCAGCGUCUGGUCGUUUGGGAGCCGCUAACGACACGAACCCAAAGAUGGACGACGAGACGAUCCACGAUGUCCCGGAGAAGGUUGGACCUGAAGAGAUGCAGCUUCCUACAGAGCUUCACAAAGUCCUGAGUGAGGAGGACAUCGUUGGUUGUCGUGCGUCCGUCGUCUACGAGGAGAGCCUCCGUCAGCUGGCUACGCUGCUCCACCUGCCAGUGAAACGCUGUCGCUACAGGAUGUCCACCGGACUGAUGUGCUUCGGCCUGCCCCCAUUCCAGUGCCUCAUUGAACAAAGGUGUACUGCCUUUGUUGUUGAAUGGGUUUGUCCUCGUGGUCAUGUGGUCUGGAGUUGGACCUCACAGCCGACCUUCAAGUUCGGGAUGUUGGCGGGCGACUUCAUGCUGGGGACGAACAUCCUGUUGAGCGGGAACAACUACAGUAAAGUGGCCCUCCUGUUUCGCUUCAUGAACAUGGGAGUCGUCAGUCCAGCCACCUUCUCCAAGAUCCAGGACACCUACUGUGUGGACACCAUCCGGGAGUUCUGGAUGGAGAGGAGGUCUGCGGGCGUUCAGUGGUUACAGGGUAAAGACGUGGUGGUUGUAGGAGGCGAAAGGAGCGAUUCACCAGUUUUACAUUCAGAUGUACAAAAAGUGAUCGUUGUUAAAGAAGAGCAGCAGGAGUGGAGCUCCAGUCUGGACCAGGAGGAGCCAGAGCCCCCACACAUUAAAGAGGAACAGGAGGAACUCUGGACCAGUCAGGAGGGAGAGCAGCUUCAAGGGCUGGAGGAGGCUGAUAUCACCAAGUUCACAUUCACUCCUGUCCCUGUGAAGAGUGAAGAUGAUGAAGAGAAACCUCAGUCCUCACAGCUUCAUCACAGACGUACUGAACACAUGGAGACAGAAGCUGAUGGAGAGGACUGUGGAGGACCGGAACCAGCAUGGAACUCAGAUCCACAUCUUCAAAAAUCCAGCAGUGACAUAAACUCACAACAAGAAACCGAACACAGUGCUGUUGACUGGGAGGAGACCAGAGAACCUCAGUCAGGUUUAAACUCUCUGAAUAAUGAAGUUUCUAGUAAGAAACCAUUUCCCUGCUCUGAGUGUGGGAAAAGAUUUGGAACCAAGACGUAUCUAAAGAUUCACGUGAGAUCUCAUACUGGGGAGAAACCCUUCAGCUGCUUGUCGUGUGGUAAAGGAUUCACCCGGAAGGUGUUGUUGCAAUUACACAUUAAAUCUCACACAGGAGAGAAACCAUUCAAUUGCUCAGUUUGUGGUAAAAGUUUCACGCAAGCAGGAAGUUUGACACGCCACAUGCCCCUCCACACAGGGGAGAAGAGAUUCAGCUGCAGUGUUUGUGAAAGAAGGUUCACUUGGUACACCAGCCUCAAAACCCAUAAAUGUGGUGGUGCUCCAUCCUCACAGCUUCAUCAGACUCAGACUGAGGAGAACAGAGAGGAAGAACCUCCAGCCAGCAGCUCAACUGAACAGAGGGAAACAGAAGCUGAUGGAGAGGACUGUGGAGGACCAGAACCAGACAGGAACUCAGAUCCAGAUAGACAUCCAGAACCAGAUCCUGUGGACAACACAGGAGACUCAUCUGAGACCGAUGACAGUGAUGAUGAUGAUUGGAAGGAGACCAGAGAACCUCAGUCAGGUUUAAACUCUCUGAAUGAUUCUGUCAGUGACUCCAGAUGUGGUACUUGUGAGAAACCAUUUAGCUGCUCUCACUGUGGGAAAAGAUUUGGCUUCAAGGCACAUCUGAAGAGACACAUGAGAUCUCACACAGGAGAGAAACCAUUCGGCUGCUUAUUCUGUAAGAAAUCGUUUGCACAAAGUGAUAGCUUACAGAAACACAUGAGGAUCCACACAGGAGAGAAACCAUACAGCUGCUCACUGUGUGGUAAAGCUUUCAGUGAAAAUGGAAAUCUGAAAGUACACGUGAGAUCUCAUACAGGAGAGAAACCAUUCAGCUGCUCCCUUUGUAAGAAAGCUUUCACAAAGAGUGAUAGUUUACAGAAACACAUGAGGAUCCACACAGGAGAGAAACCGUUCAGCUGCUCUGUGUGUGGGAAAUCUUUCAGCGAAAGUGGAAAUCUGAAGAGACACAUGCGACUGCACACAGGAGAGAAAGCAUCCAGCUUCAGUGCUUGUGACGGCAGAUGAACAUCCGCUCUGUUUCAUCCGCUCAGACACUUUAGAUGUGUUUGUCGUUGGAUCAGACCGAGAUGGACAUCUGGAACCAGAGACUGAGGACCGGGAUGAUUGGAUGGAGACCAGAGAACCUGGUCAGGUUUAAACUCUUUGAACAAAGUGUCUGUCAGUGGUAUGAACUAAAUCUUCUGUCAGUGUGGGAAAAAGUUUGGCAACAGGAAAUAUCUGAAGGUGCACAUAAUAAUUCACACAGUAGAAAAAACAUUUUUCUGCAGACUUCUGAGAGAUAAAGUUAGUUCUUCACAUGUCAAAAGAGAAAAGCUGUCAGCUGUCCAGGUUUUAGACUUGAAUGAGAUAUUGUGAGAAACUGCAGACUUCCUGUUAGUGACACAACACACAGUAACAUUCUCAAAGGAGCAGAAUGGGGUUCAAACCAGACGUCCUGUCAGUGGUCCGUGAUGAAAGUCUCAUAUGAAACAUCUGAGGAAACACAUGAAUCUGUAUAUUUAUAAUAAAUGAAGACAAACGUGUCUGAAGAGUUGAACAUUAAAAACGAAGAUUGUUUUUCUUUAACAGAUAUUUCAUGAUCGUCUGUUUGCUUUGACACAUUUAAUACUGAGCCCAUGUUUAAAGUUUGACAAUUGAAUUCAGUGAGAAAAAGGUUUUUGUAUCAGAAGUGAAACUGAAGUCUAGAACUAGUUUGAUCUUGUUCCUUAUCUAUAUCCUCAUCUCCAUCCAUAUCUUCAUCAUUAUCUUCAUCACUGCUGAACUCUUUUCCCAAAGGAGGAGACGGUUUUAGUUUUUCUGCUGAGGACCUCGUCAUCAGGUCGGAUAUCCAGCAUUGAACCGAUCGGUUGAAGCUCAACUGACUAGAUGGAAAAAGAUGAUCCACUAAAAGACGGAGAAGAAUCGAAUAAUGAAAGAACUUUUGAGAUGUUUUUUAUUUGUACAGUGGAUCUCUGUGAAAACAGUGAAUACCAAAAGAAUGUUAUUUCAAUAUUAUAUUGACACCACCAACCACAGCCAAUAAUUAAAACAAUAAAAG